UAAAGGAGUGCUGAGCUCCUUCCUCUUUCCUUCUCUCUUUUGCUGUCUCCUUCUUGGGCCAACAUGAGCCGACAGUUUAGUUCCCGAUCUGUCUAUAGGAGUAGUGGUGGUGGUGGUGGCGGUGGCUUCAGUUCAGGCUCUGCUGGGGUCACCUGCACUCGAAGGAUGACUAGCAGCUCCUCCAUUGGCAGGAGUGGAGGAUGUGGGGGGAGAUUUUCAGGAGGAAGCUACAGAACUGGUGGUGGUGGCUUUGGCAGCCAAAGUCUGAUUAACUUUAGUGGGGGAAGGAGCAGUUGUAGGAGUGUUGCUGGUGGAGGAAGACUCAGUUAUGGAGGUGGUGGUUUUGGCAGUGGUGGCUAUGGUGGUGGUGGUUUUGGUAGAGGUGGCUAUGGUGGUGGUGGUUUUGGUGGUGGUGGUUUUGGUGGUGGUGGCUAUGGUGGUGGUGGUUUUGGUGGUGGUGGUUUUGGUGGUGGUGGCAUUGGAGGUGUCUGGGGUGGCUUUGGUGCAGGAAACAUGGGGUCAGUCUGUCCUCCUGGAGGCAUCCAGGAAGUGACUAUCAAUCAGGGUCUCCUGCAGCCACUCAAUGUGGAAAUUGAUCCUAAUGUUCAAAAAGUGAAGACUGAAGAGAGGGAACAAAUCAAGCAACUCAACAACAAAUUUGCCUCCUUCAUUGACAAAGUGCGAUUCCUAGAGCAGCAGAACCAGGUGUUGAAGACCAAAUGGGAGCUGCUGCAGCAGGUGAACACUUCAACUCGGACCCAGAGCCUGGAACCCUUGUUUGAAAAGUAUAUCAGUGAUCUUAGACGUACUAUAGACUCACUCAAGAGUGAUCGUUCACGGAUGGAGUCAGAAUUGAAAAACAUGCAAGACUCAGUGGAAGACUACCGGGGAAAGUACGAAGAUGAAAUCAACAAACGUACAGGUGCCGAAAAUGAGUUUGUGGGCAUCAAGAAAGAUGUGGACAGUGCUUACAUGACCAAAGUUGACCUUCAGAGCAAGGUGGACACUAUACAGAAUGACUGCGACUUCUUUAGAGUACUUUUUGAGACAGAACUAUCCCAGAUGCAGACUCAUAUCAGCGACACCAAUGUCAUCCUCUCCAUGGACAACAACAGGAACCUGGACCUGAAUGGCAUCAUCGAGGAGGUCAAACAAGAGUAUGAAAGUAUUACCCAGAAGAGCAAAAGGGAUGCUGAGACCACAUUCCAGAACAAAUAUGAGGAACUCCAGAUCACUGCUGGGAGACAUGGAGACCAGCUGAGGAACACAAAAGCUGAGAUUUCUGAGAUGAACCGAAUGAUCCAGAGAAUCACAUCUGAAAUCGAUUCAGUGAAGAAGCAGAUUUCCAGAUUACACCAAGCCAUUUCUGAGGCAGAGCAGCGUGGGGAGAAUGCCCUGAAAGAUGCUCAGGGCAAACUAGCAGACCUGGAGGAUGCCCUGCAGAAGGCCAAGGAGGACAUGGCCCGGCUGAUGAGAGACUACCAGGAACUGUGCAAUGUCAAGCUGACUCUGGAUGCGGAGAUUGCCACUUAUGAGAUGAUGCUGAAUGGAGAGGAGAGAAGGAUAUCUGGAGAGUGUGUUCCCAACGUGAGUGUGUCUGUGAGCACCAGCCAUGUCAGUGUGUCUGGAGGUGGAGGUGGUAGCUAUGGCUCUGGAGGAGGAGGCCGAGGUGGUGGCUAUGGUUCCAGUUCCGGAGGAGGCAGCUAUGGUUCCAGUGGUGGAGGAGGCAGCUAUGGCUCUGGAGGAGGCCGAGGAUCUGGUGGAGGCCACAGCUCAGGAGGAGGCAGCUAUGGCUCUGGAGGAGGCCGGGGUUCCAGCUCCGGAGGAGGAGGAGGGGGUGGCAGCUUUGGGGGUGGCUCCAGCAGCAGUUCUGGGGGUGUCAAGAGCUCUGGUGGCAGCUCUAGUGUGAAGUUUAUCUCCACUAGUUAUUCCAGAGGCAGCAAAUAAAGCCCGAGUGCCCACUACCCUGCUCCCCAUGCCUUUUUACCAUGCCCCAAUGCUAUCUGUAUCCAUUGUCAGUCAAUUCUUGGAGUCAAAAACUCCAACUUUUCUUGAGGUGAAACAGAGCCAAUGUGAUGGGCUUCAGCAGUUCGUCUUAUUAUUUUCCCAACGCCCUCUAAAUCCUUUUUCUGACCUUGAUUCCUAGAGGAAGGUUUUCUCCACUUUUCCAACCAGUGAGCACCUCAACCUCAUGCCUUCCACCUCUCCUCAGCUGUGUGGGUGGUGCUUAGGGAAGUUAGUUCCUGGUGAUCCUGACCUUCUUGAGCCAGGGUCUUCCCUACCUUCCCCCUGCCCCACCCCAGCUCUUCUCUGGGCUGGCUGAGCCUCUUUCUGUGACUUGAAUGGUGAAGCCAAUUCUGAUUAUGAAAGACCACUUCCCUUGGUCAGUCAUGGAAAAAUCCAGCCAUCAUCAUUGCCCACCCUUCAUUUCAAAAGCUUCCCCCAAGUCACGCAGAAGGAGAGACAUUUCAAUCAAGCAUCGUUGGAAGGGUGUCUCCAGAAUAUGUUUUAGGAGGUUUGCAUGCCCAACUCCUCGAUACUCUAGCAGCCAAUUCUCUGAUGAUUCUAUUGUCGUUGUUAUUGUUGUAAAAGGGGUAAGCUGGUUGGUUGACCUUCCUGGAAACGGUCUCAAAGCCUUCAUUUUCUUGUGUUGUCUUUAAUAAACUGCAUUUGAAAUUCUACAA